UUUGCGUUAGCAGGAGCGUUGCAGUGCCGGACUAGGUGAAGGAGGGGAGACGGGUGUUAGCUAUACAUUGCACUUUUUAGACCUAGGGGAAUAACGUCACUGUCGGUUAUUAAUCACUUAAACUAAAUUUGAUGAUACCCCUUGCCUACGUUAACAUCCCUCAUAUCGCAGCCAGACGGUAACCUGCGGAUUUUUAUUUUUCAUUGUGCAACCAAAGGACCAUUAACACCAUGCCGGCGCAGUGUGCGAACUUAAAAAGCUCCGAUAGCAGUUUUUCCCCGACCCCAACGACUGACAGCACUGCGAAACGCCUGUCCUGGAGUAAACUGAUGCAGAAGCUGACGGACUUCAGCGGAUCUAGCGUCAAUCAUAGCAUGGACUCCGAUUCUGAUAGCUGCAGCAGGAGCGAAUGCUCAGAAUCUGAACCGGCACUCUUGUUGUCUGACGUCUCCUCCUGCGAUGAAUGUGAUCUCUUUUACGAUCCCGUGGAAGAAACACUUUGCAAAGAGGUAGUGCAACUCAUCGCAUGUAGUCUUAUGGACGCUAAAGAUAAUGCCCUAAGGUGCACCAAACUUCUCAUCCCCGAUCAGCUUCUGGAGCACAUAGGUCAGGAGCUUCUGCACUUAGCGGCCAGUGAGCCAUGUGGCCUCCGGGGGGCGCUCAUCGACCUCUGCGUUGAGCAGCAAGACGUUUGCCAGAGUGUGGAGCAGAUCGCCGUGGACCCUUACCUUGUCCCAACCUUCCAGCUCACAUUAGUGCUUAGGCUGGACUGUGGGGGGCUGUGGCCAAAGAUCCAGGGACUCUUCUCCGCUAAAUCACCCUCCGCCCCAACUGUGAGACAUGCCCUUAGACUGAGCACUGGAUUUCGUGUGAUCAAGAAGAAACUGUACAGCUCUGAAGAGCUCCUCAUCGAAGAAUGUUGAAUUCCGAAGACACUUUUUGGGUGGGCUUGUUUGCCAGUAGAUCAAUCAUGAUGAUGGACGCUACACAUCUAGCUUUGACUCAGUUGUGUGACUGUGUUCUGAUCAUAAGCAAUUCAACUGUUCACACUUUAUACCAGUGUCAGUUGUCAAUGGACAGUUGCUCUUCUAUUUCAGUUGUCUCAUGGAAAAACUCCAGUCUUAGGUGAAGGGAAGAAGGUGGCCUGGUGCUACAAUAAUAUUGAGGCACCUUUCCAUACUGGGGUAGGGCUCACAGCUAACAGUGCAAUGAAAAUGGUGCUUCUCUAACACUCUAGACGGUCUACCUCAGUAUGAAGACCAUGGCAUCAUACUCAUAUGGUGACAUUAGCAGUAUUCAAAUGUGAAGAUGUUCAUUUUAAUUUGUGCUGUAACAUUUUUUAUUUUUUUUUUAACUUUUGUACUGUAAGGUGACUCAUUGUUCUAAAGAUGGGGCUAUGUCUAGAAGUUUCUUGACUGGUCAAUUUCAGUAUGUUCACGAUAUAGGUUAUUUUGGGAACGAUUUUUUUUCAUUUUCCUAUGAAUUGUUCACCCGUGCCUCUUAAUUUAUUUGAUGUUCAAAUAUUCACAUUGCACUGUUUUAUACUUUUAUUAAAGUAAUUAUAGGCGACCAAUAAAUGUCUUUUUUUCUAAA